CUGCGCGCGCGCGGGGGAGACGCGGAGACAGAGACCAGAACGCUCCGCGCGAGCAGGACACCAGUACAAGCGCCCAACGCGUCAAGGCGCUCAAUGUCAAAGUUGCUGCAGCAGCGCGUGCAUCUGAGAAUGAUGCACUGACGCAUUUACAUCGCACUGACUCCUCCGUAUCACAACAUUGGCACAGUGACGGUUUCAUCUUUCAAUCUACAGCUGAGGAACUGAUAGACACUUGAUGCUGCUCACUGGUAAGAUAGAGAAGGUUCGUCAAGUUCCUCCAGCAUCGCCGUGCUCUUCAGAUGGAGCUCUGCCCUCGCCGCUGUCUGAUCUGGGCAGUGAUGAUUCUGGAGGACAGCGACCCAAGAACUUCAUGCAGACUUUGAUGGAGGACUACGAGACACACAAGGUCAAGCGCCGAGAGAAAACUGACGACAACAGUUAUGUCCGCUCAGUUACAACUGAGGUUCUGGAGGCAACACGUGUCACUCGUAGAAAAAGUAACAUGGCCCUCCGGUGGGAGGCGGGAAUCUACACCAACCAAGAAGAGGCUGAGGAAGAGGAGGAGGAGGAGGAAGAGUAAACCAAACUUUCAGAGAGAAAAACCAGAGGGAAAAUAUGCAGCAGGACAAGCACAAGUAUUUAUUGGGAAUUCAAACCUCUCAGAAGAUUUGUUUCUGGAGCCUAUGGGGAAAAAAAACCUUCUCUUGACAUUGAAGACUAGAGAUACUAUACCGCUUCACAUUUCCACUACCAAGUUAUUGCUUUUUCUUUUGUGCUGAUAUGUUUUGAGAAAGUGGAAUAUGCAAAGACGAGAAUCGAGGAUUUUUGGCAUUAAUGUAAGAUUGGUGUGAAGAACAUAUUGCAUUUGGACUUCACAUAUAUAGAGAUGUUAUUGAGCGGCUAAGGACUUUGGAAAAAGAAUGGUAAAUAUGGGAUAAUAUUAUGUUAUUAGUAGGAGGAGCUUGGAUAUAGAUGAUAGCGUGCUGACUGAUCUGAUUUCUAGCUAGAUUAUUGACAUUUCAACUCUGGUUUGAUCAGGAUUGGUGCCAUGUAUAUGAGUUCAGCCGUGAGCCCAUUUAGAAAGCAGAACUACACAAAUGUGUCUUGCAGUGUCCGAAAGGGCAAAAUACUGUUAUUUGUUUUCCUGUUAAUCACAUUGUCACAUGAUCAGCCUGUAGGGAUAACAAAUCGUUGUUCAGAGAGAUCAUUCAGCGGGAAGCUUUAAUGAGGAGGACAAAUGAAAGUAGGGCACAAAUAUUCACACCCUUGAAAGAGGUUUGUGAGAGCAGACUCUUCGCCCAGACCGAUAUAACAAUAAAUCCAAGCAGAAGAGGAAGAAGGCUUUGUAUGGGCAGCAGCUGCUUUCUCCAUUGACGAAAGACAGGAAAUGUGUGUGAAAUUAAACUUUAGGAUGUUAUUGCUGUUCGCAGUCGAAGGCACCUGUGUUUGGAUUGAAGUUUAAUGUAAUGCAGUGCAUUUAAUGGCUGAUGUGGAUUAUUUGGGAAUGUUUAUGUUGUGUUAUGUGUAGUGCAGGAGAGCAAAAAUGAAGGAAAGGAUUGCAUGCUUUUUCCAUUAAUCUUAAUUUAAAAGGGUGAAUAUUUCUCUUUACUUACAUUGGCAUUUUUUAAGCCUUUACACACAAAGUGUUAAUGCAAUACCAUUAUUUAAUAUGGUUUCAAACACUUUAUUGAUACAUAUGCACACAUGGAUGUCUGAAAGGUUUAUUCUUUGUUCACUUUCUUUAAAAAAAA